AUGACAAGCGAACAGAUCGUCCCGGAUCCUGAGCACCAAUCCCUCGGCUUCGACUCAAGUGGCUGGGAGCUCGCUUUCAUUCCUGAUCAGCACUCUCAAUUUGAGGUUCUUGAAAGCCCUCUUGGAAGUUCUAUGCAGACCGGACAAUUUGCGGAGGAUCUGACAAUCGAUCCGGCAAUCCUGGACGAUAAUCGUUCCCGCGAUGUUGAGCAGGCUCAAACAACAUCAACUACCACUAUCGCCGCAGCCAUUCCACGCAGACUCCCAGUUGAACAUUCUCGCUCCCCGGUUCGAGACGCCUAUCACCACAGCAGGCAACACGAUCCUAAAAGGCCGGUGAAAGUCGGUCGGCUGUCUGCCAAAACCAGCAGAGUUUCAGUUGUCGUCGACAAUCGCCCCAAAAAAAGGGCCACCCGGUCCACUCCGGAACUCGGCCGCAAGAACGUAUCGCUUCCGACUUUUCGUGCUCAAUUCUCCGCCCUUCCGGUUGAGGAAAGAUUACAGUUCUUGUCCUGGCUGUUCGAGGGUGCCUUGUCUCAUUGCCUCCAUACGCCUCCGAGAAGGAAUACAGUCCCGACGUCUACAUCCCAACAUACAAGCACAAAUGCUCAAGCAAUCGAUGCGGGACUUACUCCUUCCUCGAGAAAAGGGCUACCAUGGUGCGAGGAAGAGGUUCGCUUACUCGUGAAACUCAGAGAGGAAGAAAACCUUGCGUGGUCGGAGGUGACUGAGCGGUUCGGUCAGAAAUUUACAGGAAGGAGUCAAGGCUCUAUGCAGGUGUACUGGAGCACAAAGCUUAGGAAAUGA